UUGACCUUAAACACAGAAACAUAAACUGUGAGAAUUCAUAUAGCUAAUUCCGACUUGUUUGGGACUGAGGCGUAGUAAUUGUUGUUGUAAUAAUAGUAGUAGUAAUACGUUUCGAGUUUGUAUUUUUAUCUGUUCUUGUUUGUUUCUGGUGUAAAUAUAUAUCGGGGUACUCUUUGUUUGACCAAAAUUCUAAGAGAAAUGCCUUAUCUGUGUGUUGAUGAAAUCAACAGUAGUGUUUAGCUGAUUGGAUUAUUAGCUCUGCAGAAGUUUUCUUCUCUUUUUUUUUAGACUCGGGGGCGGAUUUAUAUAGUUGGCAACGGGUGGGAUUGAACCACGAUUAGUUCAAAUUCUAUAUAUGUGUGUAUAGUUAAGAAAUUCUUAAAAUUAUAUGUUUAUACAAAUUCGACCUUUUCUCCUAAAAAAGUAGUGGGUGCAGUCAGAGAGCUAGGUGUUGGUGAAUGGUGAGGGGUUCAAUUGAAUUUCCUUCGCGGAAAAUUAUACUGCUCAAGUAGGGAAAAAUGAGUUUCUUUUUUGUUAUAUGUAUAAAAUCUUGAAUCCUUGAACGGGAGCUUUGGAGUAAUGGUAAAGUUGUCUCCGUAUGACCCAUAGGUCAGGGGUUCGAGCCGUGGAAGCAGCCACUAAUACUUGCAUUAGAAUAAGUUGUCUAUAUCACACCCCUUAGGGUGUGGCCUUUCCCCGGAUCUUGUGUGAAUGUGGGAUGCUUUGUACACCGGAUUGCCCUUUUAAAAAAAUCUUGAGUCCGCUUGGCAUAAGGGAAUAUUCUAGUGUACUGGCAAAAGGAGUUCAAAAGUUGCUUUAGAUUACGUGUUCAAAUCCUAUUUCUAGUAUUUAUUUUUUGAAUCUCUAUUGUAUGUAGUCCUAGCUCUGCCACUGGGUGCAGCGAUAUUCAUACUUGGAUCUGUCUCUGCUUACGGAGUCUUUUACUACCUAUAUGGAGUAAUGCUUGUUAGAUCAUGGAUAAGACUGUAGAUAGAUAUUAAGCAAUGUUUGAUGAAAUUUUCUGAAAUACAGUUUAAGGCACCUUUAGUGUUGCCUCUCAGUCAUCUAUGAUUUGCAAGGGAAUAAUUAAUUUCAAAUAGAAGGCCUGUGAGUGCGAGGAUACACUUAUUCUGAUAACUAUGAAUAGAUCUGAGCCAGUUAGAUAUUGUUACAUAGUUAUAUAAGUUUCGCGUACGAGGAGCUUCGUGCCUAGGAUAUGGAGUGCUGUGUAUAUGAGGUGAUUUCUACUACAGAACCGGACAUUGCGGAAUUUGAGAGAGUAAGAUAUAUAUAACAAGCAUCUGCAAUGGGUUCUGGAUACUGUCUUAAAAAUGUUAUCAGUUUGAGGAAAGCAAAAGAUGGCAGAUCGAAAAGAUUAAAGGGAACUUCUAUUGGACGCACGGGGGACGACAACUCUCAGAAAGAGCCGUCAAGGAGAUCAAGUGGUGCUUCUAUAAAAAAUCACAGGGAACUGGAAAUGCCUCUUGAGGAUAAAGCGGCCACAAAGAUUCAGACAGCUUUCCGCGCAUAUGUGGCAAGGAAAACUUUACGUUGCUUGAAAGGAAUAGCAAGAUUACAGUCUAUGACACAAGGCUCAUCAGUGAAAAAACAAGCUUCAGCAACUUUGAGCAAUCUUCAGUCAUGGAACAGGAUACAAACUGAGAUUAGAGCUCGCCGUGUUAGUAUGGUAAUAGAAGGGCGUCUUAAGCAGAAGAAGGUGGAGAAUCAAUUGAAGCUUGAGGCAAAGCUUCAUAACGUAGAGGCAGAGUGGAGUGGUGGCCCUGAAACAAUGGAAGUAGUUCUAGCAAGAAUACACCAGAGAGAAGAAGCAGCAGUGAAGCGGGAGCGAACUAUGGCAUAUGCAUUUUCUCAUCAGUGGAGGGCCAAUUCCAACCCAAUAUUCAGAUCAAGUAAUCAUGAUAUCAGCAAAGCUAACUGGGGCUGGAGCUGGACGGAUCGCUGGAUUGCUGCUCGUCCGUGGGAAUGCCGAAUUCCUGUUCAAUCAACUCCAAGAAUGGCCAAUAAGAUAGCAAGGACGACUCCUAAAAGUUACAAAACUCAAACAAUAAAAACACCAGUUUUUGUUAAAUCAACUUUUGCUAAUCAGAAACGCACUAUAAAGCCUCGAAAGCUAUCGUACGAAGCAGCUGAUAAAUUGACUGCAGAGAAAGGAAUCAACAAAGUUGACGCAAGCAUUGAAAAACAGGUGAUGGUAUCCUAAAAGCAACUGAAAAGAAGAUAACAUGUUCGAGCUAAGACGUGUUUCCACAGUUUCGCUGAGGUUAACGGCGAAAAACUUGAAGUUGGAUGUGUUUGAGCAGUUAAGUUUGACAGUUUUUCCUCUAAAUUUCCGAGUUCUUACGAGCUUAUGUAUAUUUAAGAAAAUAAGUUAUUCGUCGGUUAUAAUGUGUAUAGAUAAGGUAUAGUUCAUUUGAAUCGUUCUUUUAUAGGUUUAGAGGUCAGAAUAUUUAGUUUUCUAUGUUUCUUUAUUGUUUUUGUCAUGAAAUAUUUUGGUCAGGACAUCUGUUCUGUUACAUGAUGUAAAAGAUAUUGCAGAGUGUUUUUGGUAUAGUAAAAUCUUAUUGCUUGA